UUACAAACAUAUUAAAAAUAAAAUAUUAUUUUUUUUUGAUUUAUAUGAGUAUAUGACAAUGUAGACCGUGCUGCUGAUAUAGAUAAUAAACUUUAUCUAUAUAUGUGAUAUUUUAUGUUUUGUUUACAUUCCGUAUGUUGACGUUGUUGGUUGAUUACGGUUUUUAAAAUUUUAUUUCUAUUAUGAAUUAACCAUGUAUUAAUUGUAAUCGUUUUAAAUUAAUAUGAUUCUACGUCGUGUUGAUUCCUUAUGUAACAAUUACAUAUUAACAUCAAGACGAGCCAUUUCUUAAAGAUUUCAUUAUAUGAUAAUAUCUUUUCUCCACGAAAUACCUGGACGAGACAUUUAGCGUCAAACACUGGAUUUUGGUAUGGUCGAUAUUUAAAUAUCGUGAUGGUCCCCUGCCGAAUGCCGCAAGAAACUGCAUGUACUACGGCCGAAAAACAUGUAUGACGUAGCAGGUACCUAUUCUUAAAUCGUUACUUGUUCUGCAUCGGUAUAACUAUUAUUCCGAUAUGGACUUCCGGGAAGAGAAUAAGCACGUUUUCAACAUUUGGUUGGCGAAACGCGUUGGCUUAUACCAAAUGUUCGAUCCCGGAACCGCGAGAUAUCGGGGCAAGAACGUCUACCACAUCGCCUUGACAUUCAUAGUGCUGUACUUGGGCGUCAUCGCGACGAUGAUGAACGUCAGCGGUAUUUACUACUGGAAGGACAACAUGCCCAUAAGCAUAGAUUAUUUUUGGAAAGCGGAAACCUGGCUGUUCGUGUUCUUCAAGAUGUGGAUCGUCGUCUACCGCUCCACCGACAUUUGGGACUGUCUGUCGAUCACCCGGUACGGUUUCACGUCGUUCGGUUACCGGAACACGCGGACGCUGGACCGUUGGCGAGAGCGUUCGGUGCGGUUCACGACCGCGGUUACCGUCAUAUACUUGACGUCGCUGGUCUUUUACAUGGCCGGUUCCCUGGCGUUCCGCGAAGACGUGAUCCUGGUAAAAAACCACGACGGAUCGGUCGGCUACUAUCACCAGAACGUCAUGAAUUUCUAUUUCGCCGUGUCCGACUCGACGUACAACGCGCACUACAAUACGUUUUUCUUCGUCGAGGCGGCGACCGCCGUCUUGCUGACCAUGUUGUUCCUCAUAUUCGAUAUACUUCUGAUCACGAUGUGCUUCGCCACGUGCUGUCAGAUGCAAUUGGUCGGCUGUGAGUUUGAAUCGUUCGGACACGAUAAACCGUUUGGCGACGAUCCUCGUCGGUCCCCGAUUGGCGAGCACGAAUUUUCGGAUUACACAGAUGAAAGAAAAAAUGUAUUUAAGGAACGUGUUUCGAUGUAUUAUGACGAAUUAAAAACAAUUGUAUUGGAUCAUCAAGCAGUUAUAAAGAAAUACGAAAAUCUUUUAUCUUUAUUUGAACUUGCAAUGUUGUUACAAAUUUUUGUCUCGUCAAUUACACUCAUCAUUCUUUGGUUUAUUUUUAUAAUGAGUUUCUCCAACGAUGAUAGAUUUGUAGUUUCAGAUAUUAUAGUAAAAAAAAUGAUUUUCUUAAUUCCUUCACUAUCGUAUCAAAUAUAUAUGGAGUGUUAUUUAUUUGGACUUUUACACAAUCAAAAAGAUUCAGUAAUAUUCGCAUUAUACAGCAGUAAUUGGACCGAAAUGUGUAUGAGGUGUAAAAAAUUGAUAUUAUUAACAAUGGAAAUGAAUAACGCUAACCACAUUAAGUUAAAAUUUACUAGAACGAAAAUUGUAAACUUGGAAAUGUUUUUUAAAACAAUGAGUGAUUGCUAUACAAUAACAUCGGUUUUAAUAAAUCAUAUAAAAACAAAAAAUAAAUAAAUUUUUUUUUUUUUAUUUAGUUAAAUCUUAUUUUGAUUUUGCUUUAGUUGUAAGAUUGCAAACAAAUCUAAAUAAAUUUCUAUAAACCUGGUUAUACGUUAAACUAGUUAUCUAAAUUAAUCAAAACUAAUAAUAUAUUAUUAUUAUUAUUUGCAAUGGAUCAAAUGCACAUUAUUGCAAAUAUAUCAAUUUACGUAUUUGUAUUA